UGAACGCAGCAGUCACUUCGUGCAGUGCAGGAGGUGAUUGCAGUCGCAGCUCGCUUCACUGUGCAGCCGCAGCGGAACACAGAAAAUGUGUAGGAAGAGGGAAGCUGAAUCUCUCUUGACAUAGUGACUGGUCAUGGCCAGUCGGUGGCGAGACGGUCCUCGCAGCCGUUCAGAAGACCCCGCCUGUGGCCUAAAAACGCAGAUGCCCCGCCAACAAGAACCGUCCGGAGAGACAGAGGACGCGGCGGAGCCUCUGCGGGAGCUGCCGCGAUGGAUGCGGCUUUACUUCUACGGCAUGCACGGCGUAACUCUGGAUGUCCUGCUCUCAUCAUUACAGGGGGCUUUAAAUCAUCCGGACCCCAAACUGGUGGGCUUUUCCUCUCCGUAUCUUUGCAUUAUGCAUUCACUGACCCACUUUGCACUGGAGAAGAUCUACUCACAGAAGAGGUGUUUCCGAGGUCGGCCUGUGGUGUUUCAUCUUGUUUUCUACCCGUCCGUGUACAUCGGGCUUCAGAUCCUGAUGGGGAACAUCAACAUUUUGACCGAGCAGGGCUUUCUGGACGAGGUGAUUUUCACCUCCAUUUUCAACCUUGUGGAGAAGUCUGACCGGACCCUCAGCGGCCACACGUCCCUGUGGUCUUUCCUGAUGUACGGGAGCUGCAGCUUCGUGGUAGAAAGGCUCUACUUUUACCUGCACUUCAGCAGAGGCUGGGGGACGUGGCGGCGACUCCCCAUCUACAUCUGCUUCAUCUACACCUGGGAGUUCACCUGGGGUCUGGUCCUGAGGCAGUUUGGCGCCUGCUCCUGGGACUACUCCCAUUAUCCUCACAACUUCAUGGGACUCAUCACGCUCCUCUACUUGCCAGGCUGGGUGUGCCUCAGUCUGUACCAGGACUUACUGUCUAAUGUGCUGCUGAGAAUCAAGUGCACCAAAGACGUAAAUGGUUUGAGUGGGGAGAAUGGUGAGGUCAAUGGAGCACUGGAGUCUAAGAAAAAACGAGUUUAAUUUUUCUUUUUGAUUUUUUAACUUCAAGGGGAAGUGUGACUCACAGUAGACCAAUGAUGAAACAAGCAGACAUGUUAUUCUAAUUAAUACAUUCAAUUAAACUGAUUUGAUUGAUUUGAGAAAAAAAGAAGGCAUAAAAGUUUAAUUUAGAUUUAGAACUCCAAGAUGUAAAAUUGUAUAAUGUGGGAUCAGAUUGGCCUUUCAACUCAGAUCAUAGUAUAAAUAGGUCUGUUGGUCAGCAAUAUGUUGCCAUGAUGACAACAGAUGCUGUGAUGUUGAAUAUAGGAUUUAACAUUUUGUAAAGUUAAAAAAUAUAGAAAAUAUAGAAAAGAAAAAUAUAGAAAAUAUAGAAAAGAAAAAUAUAGAAAAUAUUUUCAGAAAGUUUAGAGUCAGGUAUUCAGAGUCUAGACACUUGUUACCGGUAUGCAGAGGAGACAUUUUCCAGUUGAGGAUGAUAUUUCUGGGUCCAGUAAUACACAACUGAUGCUAAAUUGUUCACCUAACCGGUUUAAAAUUCAGUUAACCUACUGCCAUUUCUAUAUAUCUGAUGUAAAAUGUAGUUGUAAUGUUAAUAUUUAUAGUCCUCAUGACACAAGUCAACUUUUCGUUAUGACUGCAGUGGCAGACUUCUUGCCAUCUUAUACGUUACAUGCAUUGUGGCAGGUCUAGUUUGAGUUGGCUUGAUUGUGUCAUUUAAAUAUGCGUUUGCAUGCUUUAACUGUAGUUCAUGUCUGCAAGAAAUACAAAUAAUCUGGAAGGUUUAUAGAUUAGAUAUGAUAUUCAAAGUCUGUAUUUUCAAGACAAAGAAGACAUGAAAACAACUGGACAGUAACCCAUUGUCCCAUCUUCGUUUAUGCAAGCAAUCCGUUUUUAAAUAUCCAUCUCUUUUGUUAAUGUUAAUUUACAUUUUGAAACAAACUCACUAUGUUCACUCAUCCUGAAGGAAAAAAAAUUUAAAAAAACAUCAUCCCACCUUAAAAUCUGUACUGUAGCUGAAUGGAUACGAGGAGCCAAGUUAGAUUUUACUCUGUGAAUCUUUUAUGAACCAAACGUUACUUUGCUGGAGUGCCUUCCUGUGCACAGAGUCAACCAGACUCAAAACAAACCAGGCUCAGUGUUCAUAGGGCUCCUUUUUUAUAUUAGAAGCACAGCAGCGUUUUGCAGCAAUGAUUAUUAUAAAAAAUAUUUGAACCGUCAACACUAAUGACGGUCUCUGUCAGUGAGGUUUGCAUUUGUUACAUUAUCAGAACACUGGUUCCACAAAAAUUAUGCGCACAUUUAACUGAUCAAAUUUACAGAUUUCUAUAACCAACACAAACAAAACUAUCAAUUUAAAUCCAUCAAUCAGCUAAACUUAAACUAAAUGUAGUACAAACAUAUUGUAAAUCCAGAAGGAGAGAUUUUUUGUUAAAUAUUCCCCAAACAAACUCCAACUGUUUGUACUGUGAAGGGCAUAUUCUGAUACAUUUGCUUUACAGUUGUUUAUGCCUUAUUAACUAAUCUAAGUACCUUGCACUGUGACUAAACAAAUGGUGUUAAAUCUUAGCAAACCUUUCUACUCUAUACAAGUCACUUUGUUAGGUAAGUAAAUAUUUGGAGUUUGCAUUGCCAGCAGUUGAAGCAGUUUCAUUCCCAGAGUAGCAUCUUGCCUUAGUGCUAGAAUCAAUCUCAUCAUUUAUGAAGCCACCCUGUAAUAAUUUCUUUACAGUUAGAAAAACUUUAGUUCUAAUCACAACUUUAAAUUCUGAUAAUUUCUAUUACCCUAAUGAGUAUAUUCAGAAUCUUUAGAUAAGCUUGUGAUUUGUUGGAUGCAAAGCUUGAAAGAAUUUGAAAUCUGUUCUGCUAGAUUUGGGUCUGUUUUGAGAGUUUAGUAAUCCUAGUAACAUAUGGUACUUAAAAUCAAGGCUAAAGUAAUGAUUUUUCCCUUGUAUGCUGUGGGAGCGACAAUGAAACUCUUGCACAUCAAAAACCAUGUUUUCCCCCUAUUCUGUGGGUGAUUUAUCAAGGAAUCAAAUUGCAUUUUGUCUGCACAUAUUUAGAAGGGUAAUUGGCACAAACCUUAUACUUUAACAAAAAGGGGUCAAGAACCAUGUGUGUUUAGAACCAUGUCAGAACUGUUACAUCUAGCACUGAACGUUUAAAGCACUAGUUUGCCCAAACUGUGGCUGGUGUGUUUUUUUGUCCAACUUGGCAGCUAUAGUACAAAUUUGCAUUCACUGAACCACAGAGUGAAUGACUUUGUACAUUAAGAUUUUCCAUGGCCAAAUAAUUGUUUAAAAAAAAAAAAUAAAAAAAAAUAAAAAAAUCAUACUUUACUUUGUGCUGU